UGUGCUGUGUCGCAGAUCAUGAGUAAACACAAUACACAUACAGCAGUAGCUGCUGCUAAAGUAAGCCUAUCGAAAUCAUGUUUUUAUCAGGAGCGGACCAUCUCUUUGGGAAGGGAACCCGGAAAGCGCGGAAAUGACUAAGUUUUCUAGCCCUAACAAUCAACAGAUUCUACUACGCCCAGCCUUGAAGUUUUACGUGACAUAUCGUUUAUCUUAAGUAGAAGUAUAUAUAAAUUUAGCGACUCAAAUUAUUUACCGAAAGUCGUUCGCACGAUUUGCUUGUCGAAGAUCGUGCCUAGAAAGCUUCGAAGCAGUACUUACUAGUGAUUUUCUGUGCACUAUAAUUCCAACAGACUAAACUUGCGGGUAUACUUCGCUAAUCUGAUUACUGAUGACCAAAAAUGGACACCACACCGGUUUAUUCGGUUAGAUUAUCCGACACCGAGCGUCGCACUCUCCAGAAUUUUGAACACGCACUGGACUACACAUUUUCCGAAGAGGAUCUACAGUUCCUGGAGACCAACGGCUACCUGGUCCUGCGCGGCAUCAUCCCGGCGGAAGACAUCGACCAACUCGUCCAAGAAGCCUUAAGCUACGUCCGCAAAACCGGUAUAAACAUCCAGGAUCCCUCCACCUGGCAUUUAAUGCCACAGGGUCUUGGCGUCUUCGACAUCUGGCACACUCCCACCUACAACCGGCUCCGACAGCAUCCGCUGCUCUAUUCGGUCUUCGCGCAGCUCCUGAAAACCGGCAACCUGACCGUCAGCGUCGACCGCAUCAGUUUGAAAGCGCCGUGUGUGGAUGAACAGCAGGCUGCGCAACACGCCGACACUAAUGCGAAUCUGCGGUUGCACACCGAUUUGAAUUUCUGGCACGCUGAUCCCCAGCAACCGGUGUAUCAGGGCGGGUUGUGUCUGCAGGACUGCCCCGUGGGAGGUGGCGGGUUUUUCUGUGUUCCAGGUUUUCACCGGCCGGAAGUGAUUGAGCAGUAUAAGCAGCGGGUGGAAAGCGGGGAAUACGGUCAUCCAGGGAGCGUCAAACCGCCGCCCCGGAUUACGUUUUGCCGGUUUUGGGAUCAACACCUCGCUAAUGCAGAAAAGGUGGAAGUUCCGAUGAACAAGGGGGAUUUUGUCAUCUGGAAUAACAAUUUACCACAUAAUGGCGGAAGGAAUUCUCUGCUGAUGCCGUGGCCGGCCGACCAAGCUAAGAACCGGUUAAAAAACUGGCGAAUGCAUGCGUUUAUCAUGUUUGUUCCCCUGGAUGGCCCGUUUACGAAUCCCGAUAAUCUGGAGUUUUAUACGCAAUAUCAGAAGGAAACACGCGAUGCGAUUCUUUCGGGAGGCACGCCCGUUCACUUUGCGACGAUGAACAGCACGGAAGAUUCGGGCGGGAAAGAGAUUCCCGGUGGGUUCACAAAGGUCAACCCGGCAGAUUUGACGGAGCUGGGAAAAAGAUUGCUGGGAAAUCCCAACAGUUCUGAUGCUAGAGGGAAAAGUACAUUCCGGCCAAAAUCUUAAGCGGCCAAAAAAGCCAUAUGGAUGAUCUGACAAUUUGCAGUCAAAACGAACAAGCAGUCUUACCAAAGUUGACCACAAUUCCAAAUGUUUGCGAAAAAAGCCGGUGGAAAGACCGAUUACGUAAUCUUUUUUUACCGGAAAACGAAAACCGAUCGCAUUUCCUACGGCUGAUGCACACAUACACGUCGUAUAAGAUGCCAUAAUAAAACUGACCCCUAGCUACAGAGGCAGCUGUUAUUAACUGAAUUAACCUUUUUCUGCAUAUUAUCCUGUUGUAUAAAAUCAAUUUUGGUACUGCAUCGUGUUAACAAUACAAUUUAAUGUACGUGUUUACUAAUAAUUUACCAAUAAUUCACUGUGCAUGCUCCACAUCUUUUUUACGCUUUUGAAGCUACAGUCAGAGUCCAUUAAAUCUGGAUGGUUUCCGCCAUCCUACCGUUACGUACGGAAAGC